AGAGCGGGAGGUUGCCGCUCCUUCAGAACCAAUAACCAAUCAGUUACAUUGUUUCCGAUGGGUUUCCUCUUUUCUUUUAAUUGCACGUGCGCAUCGGCUUCACCCUAAGGCAGCAACAACACCUGCGAAAAGCGAAAUGUUGAUAUGGUGGUAAUUAAUGGACACUUACAUUGAUCUCUGUCAAUCAUUCGGUGUGCCCCUCUGGGUGGGGCCGUUGCUCCACGCGGCCUCCAGGCUGAAGACGACAGACCGGAUCAAACGAAGAAAAGUUUAUCGUUUAAUCCAGCGUCAGUUAGAUCGGCUGCAGCACGCGUGACAAAUGCACGUAUGUGUACCCAGCUGAGCUCAAAGAGAUGGUCCGAGCAGCCUUUCCAAAAGACAUCUGUGACUAUGAAGACCCCUGUCACGAAAACGUUGUUGUCAUCACUAUGGAUGACUUGAAAACGAUGGAGUUUCCUUGACUGAUAAACUGCAGUUGCAGUCUAAAUGGUUUUGUGCAGUAGCCUGUAACGUUUUUAUAUGUUCAUAGAAAUGCAAAUUGUGAUAAUUUAAAGUACGUUUAUUCAUAUAAAGUUGUUCGGUUUCCAUAAAUAGGAUUCAAAACGUGUCAAUAACUGUUGUGUGGAGUUGUCAUUUUACUGCAAUACCCAUAAUUCCUCCUUGUUUGCGUCACUGGUUUUGAUUAUGCUGGUGGAAAAAUAAAUACGAUAGUAUUUAUCCAAAACGAUUGGUUUUUAAUGUCAUUUGUUAAAUGUUUGUGUUGUGAAAUGUGUUACCCUCAUGAACGACUCUGACAGUCCAUUUUACUGAGUAACUGACCUGCUGGACUCCAUGACAACGUACACAACCUACACGAACACCACAGCAGUGGAGUUAUUUCCAUUAGGCUACUGCCAGUUUAACACAGGAUAUUACAUAAUUCCAGAAAAUGCCUCCAGAAGGGAAAUCUGACAUGGAGCGGAUUGGCAUCUUUAAAGAGAUGGGAUACAUCUCAAUAGGGGACAAAUACACACCUUUUAUAUACCGCCCAUUUAAUGACGCCGCAUACAAGAACAAACAGAUGCUGCCAGGAGGAGCUAAAUCAAAGAGCGCGCUCCCGGCGGGAUACUUCGACGCGCAGUUUAAGAGGAUCUUUGAGAGAGAGGCGCUCACAGACCCUGUCAAAAUAGAAAGACAGUACAGGAUACAACAGACCAAAAAGAACAUAGGCAAAGCCUUUCUUCCCAGUAACGGAGAGAAAAAAACAUGUGGAGUGGGCAGCUAUUAUGGGACAUUUGGAGGCCCCGUUCAAGCAAUGAGUGCUCUACAGAAUCCAAGGAAACUAAACAAAUCACCUGGAAAAAACUUCUACACCAAUCCGCCCAAGAAGGGAAGUGGUUACGGCUUCCCUGACGUCACCCUCUCCAAGAUGGUGUCCCAUUCCUCAGACCCCUAUGACAGAGCCAAGGAAAUGCUAAAGCGUGAGAUCACGGCACACAAAUCCAUGCUAAAAGGGGGAGCGUUUCGUUUGAACCUUCAUCCAGCUGAAUGCUUUGACAGCAAUCCUUACAAAUUUGACAAACCCCUACCACCUCCAAAGAAGACAGAGGAGAAAAAACCCAUUACGGUGCCCUUCAAACCAAGUUCGCCCAGUAAAAAGACUGGAGGUAUGAAAGCAGGAACGUUUCAGUCCUACCCUACCUACUCUGCAGAACCCUAUGGUACCAAAAAGACCAAAUCAGCAGUGAAGAAUAAGGAAGUACAAAUAUUUCAUCCCUCCCCUGGCCCAAAGAGCACACCUGUCAAGAGCAUCAUCAGCCUCAAUGUCACUAAAGCUGUGAACUCCACAAACUACAACCAAAUCCCCUCUGUGAUGGCAUAUUAA